AGGGAGGUCACAUCAGUAGCGCGUCUGACCGCAAGAUACAUGUUCAACCGCAGUAGUUAUGUGAUGCAAUGUGCGACCCAGAGACAACGGGAGCGCAAAUCAUCUGAAUAUACGGAUCUGACAAGUAAACGUUUUUAUAGACUGUUUAACCUGAAUGGGAAUAUAUUUCAUGUCUGCAAUGGACAAGGCACUGUCUCAUUCUUUGAAUACAAAAGAGUGAUGAGAACUUUUCCUUUACAACUUCUAUCACUCUUCAACACCUACUACCGGAUUAAUGAAGCAAUCUUAUUAACGGAGAUAAGGAGACAAAAUUAACUUACAAUGGAAAACGACUAAAUUAUCGACUGAGAAAGACAACAGUCGGCUACAACCAGAGAUAGUAUACGGACUGUGGUAGGCUACAUAGACAGCUCGCAAUGCUAGCAGCGGAUAUGCGUUGUUUACUGUGGUUUGUGGAUGUAACAGCCCGACCAAGGAGAAUAAGAAGCCUCUGGGUGGCCGUGAUUGGACCGGACACUGACUGGGGCUGACUGAUGACUGACUGUGUGUCCAGGAGGAAAUGUUUUGGGAGAGAGAUCAAUACGAGUUUGCUGUUGCGCGCAGGAGAAGAUGCCAGUCUUUACAUGCUGUCACUAAAUCUCUCUUUCCACAGUGAGGAGAGCCUUAUGCCCUGUUGGAUUUAUAGAUAGAUACUACGAUUACUUUUUCUCUCAUACAUAAUGAUUUGGUUGCAGCUUCAUGGCGUGUUUUAUGUGAUGCGUUGCCAACAUAGGUGCUAAACUGCUCAACUUUAUUUUUCUGCUGCGUUUGAACUCCAAAUGGACGUGGGAAAGGUCGGCUGACUUGAACACUUUAUUGUUGCAAAAUUUCUUAUAGUAAUGAUAUGUUAAUUUUCUAGCUGCAGGGUUUGAUGGACUGUUUAUUGACACUAAACAAGCAUAUUAUGCUUAAACAUAUUCCAAACGAUCGAAAUAUGUAUCCUCAAGAUAUGUUUAAUGCUUUGAAAAAAACCUUGAACUUAUUGUUUCCAAGGGGAAGUAUUUUUCAUGCAGCUUUAAAAAAAGGAUGAUAAUGAAGACAAUAAUGACAUUGAAAAUGCCUUUUACCAUGACUAUCAAAGUGAUUUUGUAUUCAGUGUUUUUACUGGCACUGUUGGCAGUGGGAACAGCAUUCUCUGGAGUUUUCAAUGGUUCAGAAAAAUAUAUUUUCACAGAUGACUUACUGCAGCUCAAGCUCACCCAGGGCAAGGCACCGGAGCAUCGGAAACUCCAGUCUACAAACUCUCAUCCUAACCUCUAUUUCAGCCAAGCAGAUGUACAGCUUCUGAGACAAAGAUCCACCACCACACACAGUCACAUUUUCAAAGUCAUCAGGGGCGCAGUCCUGACCAUGCUAUCAAAUGCACCCCUCUACAUGCCACCUAUGAAACACGAUGAGUUUACCAGCAAGUGGAAUGAGAUUUACGGGAACAACCUGCCGCCUCUUGCCCUCUAUUGCCUGCUAUCCCCAGAGGACUCGGGUGCCCUCCAGUUCCUUCUCAAGUUCAUGGAUAGGAUGGCUGAUUACCCAGACUGGAAGGUGACCAGCGCUCCGAAUGACGAGGUGCCCAUGGCUCACUCUCUCACAGGGUUUGCCACUGCCUAUGACUUCAUCUACUCACUCCUGGACGAGCAGCGACGGAAUGUUUACCUCAAGAAGAUUCGCUCAGAGACGGAGAAGCUGUACGAGCUUUCUAAGUACAGAGGGUGGGGAAAGCAGUACCUCCAAAACCACCAAACCACCAACAUAUUAGCCAUCAUGACGGGCGCUUUAGUGAUAGGCACACACGACGACCCAGAGUCGAUGAUUUGGAAACAGGUGUCGGUGAACUAUAUGGAGAAGACGAUGUUCCUGCUGAAUCACGUCGUGGACGGCUCCCUGGACGAGGGGGUUGCCUAUGGGAGCUACACAUCCAAGUCCAUCACGCAGUACGUGUUUCUGGCCCAGCGCCAUUUCAACAUGGAUAACAUGCAAAACAACUGGCUGCGCGGACACUUCUGGUUCUACUACGCCACUUUGCUGCCCGGCUUCCAGAGAACCGUAGGCAUCGCUGACUCCAACUACAAUUGGUUUUAUGGCCCUGAGAGCCAGCUCAUCUUCCUGGACACAUUUGUUUUGAAGAACGGGACCGGCAACUGGCUGGCCCAGCAGAUUAGGAAGCACCGGCCGAAGGAUGGCCCCAUGGGGCAGUCCUCGGCCCAGCGCUGGACUACCCUCUUCACUGAGUACAUCUGGUACAACGCCCACCUGGCCCCGCAGCCUCCUCAGGGCUUUGGCAAUGCAGGGAUGCACAUCUUCUCCAACUGGGGGGUGGUGACAUAUGGGGCGGGACUGCCUAAUGGCCAGGGGAACACUUUUGUCUCCUUUAAGUCAGGGAAGCUUGGUGGCCGAGCUGUGUAUGACAUAGUCCACGCCAAGCCGUACUCCUGGGUGGACGGAUGGAACAGCUUCAACCCCGGGCACGAGCACCCUGACCAGAACUCGUUCACCUUCGCUCCCAACGGGCAGGUGUUUGUGUCCGAGGCGUUGUACGGUCCUAAGUACAGCUACCUGAACAACGUGCUGGUUUUCAGCCCGUCCCCCACCAGCCAGUGUAAUUCUCCCUGGGAGGGGCAGCUGGGGGAGUGUGCAAAGUGGUUACGCUGGACCGACGCCGGGGUGGGGGACUCUGCGGGGGAGGUGAUUGCUGCCUCCUCGCACAGAGACACCAUGUUUGUGAGCGGGGAGGCGGCGCCUGCCUACUCCCCCGCCAUGAGGCUGAAGAGCGUGUACCGAGCUCUGGUGCUGCUCAACUCCCAGACUCUGCUGGUGCUGGACCACGUGGAGAAGUGGGAUGACUCACCCGUGACCUCGCUCAGCGCGUUCUUUCACAAUUUAGACAUUGACUUCAAGUAUGUGCCCUUUAAGUUCAUGGACAGGUAUAACGGAGCGCUGAUGGACGUCUGGGACGCCCAUUAUAAGAUGUUCUGGUUUGACACAGAGGGGAUCAGCCCUGUUACUAGAAUACAGGAGGCAGAACAGGCAGCCGAGUUUAAGAAAAGGUGGACUCAGUAUGUCAAUGUCACGUUCCCUAUCAGAGGACCUGUAGCCAGAGUAGCCUACAUAAUGCAUGGACCUCACGUCAAAGUGUCAAACUGCAGAUUUAUAGACAACAGCAAAAAUGGAGUAAGACUCUCUCUAAUCAUCAACAACACAGAGAAGAUUGUGUCUGUUGUGACAAACUAUAAGGAUAUAGGAGCCCGUUUAAGUUAUAUAGGCUUUGGGGGUCACGCCAAAGUGGAGGACAGACAUCAGAUGGUUCGCUUCGGCUUGGGAACGGAGCUUGUCCCCAAACAAAACCCGACUGACAAUCAGCUGUUUGAUUUUGGAUUCACAGUCAACGUGAUAGCGGGAGCGAUACUGUGUGUGGCGAUAUGUUUCCUCACGCUGCAGAGGAAGUUCUACGUGUGUUUCAGCAGGCUCAUGCGCUACGCCCUCCUGUCCGUGCUCACGUUAUGGAUCGCCGAGCUUCUCUUUGUGUCCAGCAGCUGUGACCAGCUCCUUUGCGGGGUCAAGUGGAAAAGCGCCAGUGCCAACCCAGAGGUCAACAAACAAAUCAGACUUUAUGACCAACAUCGUUUUCUCCUGCCCACCGUCGUCAUAACAACGCUGCCUGGCUCCGGCUCCGACAUCCUCAAGCACCUUUUCCACAACACCUCCGACUUCCUUUACCUACGCGUCCCCACGGAGCACGUGGACAUCCCCGAGACGGAGUUCGAGUUCGACUCCCUGGUGGACGCUUGCGAGUGGUCCAGGUCGGACGCGGUGCGCGGACGCUUCAAGAUCAUCCAGGGCUGGCUGCACUCUCUGGUCCACAACACCAAGCUCCACCUCCAGAACAUCCAGCUGGUGGAGAGCAGCCGGGUGAAGGCUCCCCCGAGGGCCGGGCCCUCCAGGGACCGCAGGAGGAGGGCCCGGAGGAGGGAGCCUGCCGCCGAGCUCAAAGGCAAGCUGAGGGCCAGUCUAGACCGGGACGCGGAGUACGUGAGGGAGAUGAGACGCCACGUCGCGGAGUACCCGAACGCCCGUGUGGUCCUCAACAUGCGGAGCGGCAGCUGGGCAUUGAAACUGCCCUUCAUCCAGGAGGUGGUGGGCCCGGCCAUGAGAACCAUCUAUCUCGUCCGGGACCCCAGGGCAUGGGUCUAUCUCAUGCUUUACAACAGCAAACCCAGCCUGUACUCCUUAAAGAACAUCCCCCAGCACCUGUCCCUGAUAUUCAAGGAGGACGCUUCCAGGGAAGGAUGCCCGACUUCAGCCCCGGAGUUUAAGAUGAUCCGGAGGCUUCUCUCCCACUCUGAAGCUAACGCCGUCCUGAUACUAGCCCACCUGUGGCUGGCCCACACCAGCGCAGCUCUGCGUGUGAGUGGGUCCUUGUCUCUGGAGUCCAACCUCCAGGUGAAGUUUGAGGACGUGGUCAACUUCCCCCAGGAGACGGCAGAGAGGAUCCACUCCUUCUUGGGGGUUCCUGUCUCGCCCUCGGCCCUCAAUCAGCUCAUGUUCACCACCUCCACAAACUUGUACAACCUGAUGUAUGAGGGGGACAUAUCACCAGCCAAUAUUGACAUAUGGAGGCAGAAUAUGCCCGGUAAGGACAUUAGACUGAUAGAAGAGACGUGUGGGAUUGUAAUGAAGCGGCUGGGCUACUCCAGGUUUGUCAGUUAACAAAACGAAACUCUGCCCGAUAAACUCACGCAGAUCAGCUGAAGGGAAGUUGAAGAAAACAUGUUUGUAUCUGCCAAUCUUUGAUCUUGGUGUGAUCUCUUGUUGUAUUUUGCACUGAUGACUGACAAUGUAAUGGUACAUGUAAUGUUUUAAUCACAAAAGUGAAAUGAUAUAAAGACAGAAGGAAAUCACACCUUUGUUCCCCUUUGGGUUCUAUGACAUUUUAUGUGAGGUGUUACACUCAAACUUUUGCAAGUGAGGAUGUUUUACAUUAAAAUGAGUUGAGGGGAUAUGAAAGGGGAAACGUAUAUGUAGUUAAACAUGCCUUUCCCCUGUCACCCACACUCAGUGCCCCCAGGACAUUCAAAACACUCUGAUUAAGAUCUUUGAAGUCUUAACAUCUAGCAGUUAUCUCUUAAAAGGUUACUACAGUGUCUAGGUUGAUUAUUUUUGUACAUCUGUUAGCAGAUAGCAGAAGUGGAGCUUCAUUGUUUGACUAUAAAUAUAUAUAUAUGGAUAAUGAUGUGGAUUGUAUUUUCAUAGACUGUAAACGUAUACCUGGCAUGUGGCAAACAUGUCAUCAAGGAGUUGUGUUUGAAGUUCAAAGAAGACAUGACAUGAUAGGUGGCUUAGCACUUUUGCAAGGAGUUUCCUCGAUUGUGUGUGAAAUUCUGUGCAUAAUUCUUUUUAAAGCCUCUCAUGUCAAGUUAACUCUAUGUAGCAAUUAGCUUGAAUGCAUAAUGUCGGAUGGAAUUUCCUAGACUAAAAGGAAUUCUCAAAGUCUUUAUGAUUCACGAAGGCACACAUUCCAAAGGGGAGCAGCGAAAUGAAUAUUAUUAUUGUAACCCCCUUUAGCAUGUAUUGAACUAGAUCAGAGGAAAGAGCUCAAUAGGGAUCAGGCUGUGCUAACUGUCAGCCUUGACACAUUUUCAGUCUGAGCCAUUGCAACACGUUCCCCACAGCUACCCACAUUAAUCUCCAAAACGUCAUAACCGAGGCUCAGCCUAUGUUUUUAUAGCUGUCUUAUCUUCAUCAUUGAGGCCUGGAAGAAAUGCAAAUGACAUAAGUUUCCAUUUCCUGUCGCUCUAAAUCAGAUACUCUAUGAUCUUUCAGGCCUUUGUCUUAAAACUAUUCUGCAGACACCAGACCGCACAAGGGAUGAAUAUUAAGUUUACUGAAAUGAAGUUCCAGUUUUUGACCAUGAUCAGUUUUCUUUGCCACAAAAUUUGAGCGAAAUGUUUGCCUUUAAGUGUACAUUUACUGAAUGCUUUCUUCAAACAUGAUUAUAUAUUUGCAUAAUUCUUUCGGUGGAUAUGGUAGAUGUUCAGAAACUGUCAUUAUAUUUGUGAACAAAAACAUGUAAUUCUUUGGCAUUUAUCAGUAGCUUUUUUCUCAGCCUGACUGGCCUGUUUUCAACUCAACACUGAGACCCUUGACUGCUUGGAAAACCUGUUUGAUGUUGUGGUCUUUGAAUGUGUGUAGACUUGGCAGAUAUGCUUUCACUUUGUUGUUGCAAUCCUGUUACCAACUCUGUUUCGUAUACUGUAUGCUUGUGGGAUAUGUUUCCUUGCUUCUGUGGCCUCGAAUUACAAAUAUUUCUUCACAUCUAUUUUCUGUGUGUUCCAAAGCAAAAUGCAGAGGCAUUGUAUAGAAAAAUAAUAAAUUCAUAAAUAUAUUAAAAACCAGUGAUCGUUCGGAUCCAUUACCUGA